AUUAAAGGUCGAAUUCGGCUUUUGGGGCGUUAUCUGUAGCUGCGGCCGGCGGUCGUGCCGUAGAACGACGACUGUGAGGUUCUCUUGGAGACCACCUCGCCGCUCCUGAGACCCUCUCCCAGCGUUCUCCUCUCCCGCGACCCUCUCCUCUCCUCUUGAUUUCCUGCAAUCCGAUUUCCUCCGGCCUUUCUGUCUGGUAACCACCACCACAAAGGACUUCCGAUUCUCGUAUUCAGAUUUGUUUUUCAUUUGCGCCAUUUAUUUGGCAUAUGAGCCUGGUUCGAGCAGCCGAGUAGAGAGAAGGCCGGAACUUCCAUUGCAGGAGCUUGCGCCGACGCCAUUUAAGUUUAGGGGAAUAUUAGCAGUACUUCUUGUAUCGCACUAAGAGCAUGCUAAGUAUGACAUGGAAAGGUCUUCUUUUUUUUUCCUAUCAUAAAUGACCUUAAGAAGUACAAGGUAAAAGUUUUCGGAAGGGUGAGCAGAAUGAGAAAAUUAAUUUUGCAAUGGGGAAGGAACCUUUUUCAACGUCAUUGCCACAGAAACAAGAAUUUAGUUUCCUCGAUGCCUGUUUUCGCAUCCGAUGUGUUACUCCUGAUGACUUCUAGAGGAUACUCGGCUGAAUCAAGUUCUGAGCUUCCACUUGACCUCCUCAGAAUCAUGAAACAGAGAAUUAUAGCAAUUGAACAGAAAAACUCCUACCUUCAACAACAAAUUAACCAGGAAGUAGUAUCAGUAGCUGAUUAUUCAAGAGCCAAUAAAGAGCUACGGGAACUUGGGAGCUCAAUGGAAUUAAUAAAGCAGCUUAGAUCCAUAGAAAAGAUUUGUAGAUUAGGAAUAAUGAUCUGGUUACAGGAGAUUGAUGGUCUUAAAUCAUUGAUGUCUGACUGUGCUGAAGACAAAGACAUGAGCAACAUGGCAGCUGAGGAAUUAGAGCAAGCUCUAGUAGAGGAGAGAAGGUUUCAACAUUUACUGCUCAAGUCAUUGCUUCCUAAGGAUGAUGCAGAUGAGAGAGAUUGCAUACUGGAGGUUAGAGCAGGUACUGGCGGUGAAGAAGCUUCAUUAUUUGCAAUGGAUAUAUUCAAAAUGUAUGAAAAAUAUGCACAGAAGAGAGGUUGGAAUUUUGAUGUUAUUGCCACAAUGGAAUCUAAUAUUAAAGGAUAUAAGGAAGCAAGUGGGACAAUAUCUGGACCUGGUGUUUAUGGUAGAUUGAAAUUUGAGAGUGGGAUCCACAGAGUUCAGCGUGUUCCGGUGACAGAGAAAUCUGGACGGGUUCAUACAAGUGCAGUUUCUAUUGCCAUACUUCCUCAAGCUGAUGAGGUUGAUGUCCAACUUCGAAAUGAAGACUUGAGGAUUGAUACUUAUCGAUCUGGUGGCGCUGGAGGUCAAUCUGUGAACACCACAGAUAGUGCAGUCAGGGUUACUCAUAUACCAACAGGAAUUGCAGUUGCGAUACAAAAUGAAAGAUCACAACACAAGAAUAAGGCAAAAGCGCUCGAAGUAUUGCGUGCUAGGCUGUAUGAAAUGGAGAGGUCGAGACUUCAUACGAGCAGGUCAAAACUUCGUGCGGAGCAGAUUGGAAGCGGCGAUAGGUCAGAGCGUAUCCGAACCUAUAAUUUCCCUCAAGGUCGAGUCACUGACCACCGAAUUGGGAUAACAAACCAUUCGAUAGAAGAUGUCAUGGAGGGAGAGUGCCUAGACGUGUUCAUCGAUGCUCUUCUCUUGCAAGAGGAAAUGGAUGCCAUUGCCUCAUUCAGCAGUCAGUGAUUGACAAAACAUAUUGAGUUCCUGGAAUGGAUUCAAUCCAAGAAUAAGAAACAGCUCGUGGUCAGAAUCGAUAGUCUUCGGUUUUUGUUCGUUGGUGAUUUUGAAACUAGGGGAUUCCUUGCUACUAAAUUCCUUUGGUAUCUAUAAAGAUUCCAUCAUGUUGUUGAAUACCUGUUUGUUGAUUCCACUUUUGUGCAUUGCAGCAUUGUUUAUGCUGUAAACUGUAAUCCUCAGAAAUGAUAGAAUCAUUAGGCAAACAGAUAUGAGGUUACCAAUAAAGUUAUGUUUUAUCAUUA